CCUCUCAACCCACCAAUACUAAACGGAUGCUGGCUCUCCUUCAGCGACAAUGGCUGCAAUUCGUCUGAGAGACUCCGACCAAUGGAUGUCACAGCACACUGGUCACGCAACUAUACUAAACGGAAACGUGAUUGUCCCAACAAAAACAGACAACUGGCUCGAGGGACCACCUGGCCCAGACGGAGCCAUACAAAUCUUCACAGAUGGCUCAAAACUGGACAAUAAGGUCGGAGGGGGAAUCUACUCCGAACAGCUAAACAUAAGACACUCUUUCAGGCUUCCAGAUCACUCCAGUGUCUUCCAAGCGGAGUUCAUAGCGAUCAACGAAGCCUUGGGGUGGCUUUGUGAAAUUGCCACUACGGCAUCUCAUUUAAACAUUUAUGUAGAUAGUUUGUUUGCUUAAUGGCAAUUUAUUUAUAAGUAUGGAUUUUGAACUUAAUAUAUA